CAAUAAUUCCCCUUCUCAUUCAUCCCUCCUUUCUAAAUAUUCGCAGGUUUCCUCGUGGGUCAUUUUUACGGAUCCGGCGUCAUUCCAAACCCUCGUGCUACUGUUACCAGCAUUCCACAACCGGGAAUCCACAAAUUUCACAUUACUAUUUCUUAAGAACCUCAAUUGCCUCACCUCCUGUACCACAAUGGACUACAGCAUGGAAGACACGCAGAACUCGGCGCCCGAUGCGCAGCAAGCUAGCAAGCUGAACUCCUCGGGUCAAAAAAGCGACACCCAGAGCGUGACCAAACGCCUGCAAGCUGAGCUUAUGCAACUCAUGCUCUCUCCCUCGCCCGGCAUCUCCGCCUUCCCGGACGCAGACGGAAACCUCCUCUCGUGGACAGCAACCAUCACCGGUCCGACCGAGACUCCCUAUGAGGGCCUCACUCUCAAACUCUCCUUCGCAUUCCCCAACAACUACCCAUACUCUCCCCCAACAGUCCUCUUCAAGACUCCGAUCUACCACCCCAAUGUCGACUUCUCCGGCCGCAUCUGCCUCGACAUCCUCAAGGACAAGUGGAGCGCCGUAUACAACGUAUCGAGUGUUUUGCUCAGCUUGCAAAGCUUGCUGGGUGAGCCUAACAAUGCGAGCCCCUUGAACGCCCAGGCAGCCGAGCUUUGGGACUCGGACCAGGCGGAAUUCAAGCGCCACGUCCUCGCCCGGCACCAAGAUCUGGACGAUGAAUAGAUUCUUGGAUUUGAUACCUUUCUUUUUUCAUUCUGCAUCGGCGUCGGUUGGCCCUGUCGUCCACUUCCUGGACAGUGGGAUCGUGCUGCAAAUGCAUAACGGGCCUGGUUUGGGCCCGGGAGUUCUGGUUUGCUUGGUCAUGUCCUUUUUUUAUUUGUUCCUAUUGUUACUAUGUCACUAGUACCUCUGAGCCUCCACGUU